AUGGUAUCAACAUAUCAAAUGUUGAUUUUAUUAUUAUUUAAUCAAGAAUUAAUUUGGACAUUUGAACAAAUUCAAGACAAAACACAAAUUCGUUCGGAAUUAUUAUUAGCGAUUCUCUCGGACUUGUUGAAAAAUAAAUUAUUAAUAUGUGGCGAUCCUCUUACAUUCAGUAGUCGAAUUAAACUAGCAGAAAAUUUUAUAAGUGACAAGAUUCGAUUGAAUUUAAAUCUUCCAUUUAAAUCUAACGAACAAAAAGAUCGAAAUCAUUUAGUGAAAGCAGCAGUUAACGAACGUCAAAUGAUUAUUCAAGCUGCUCUCGUUCGAAUAAUGAAAAAGAGAUGA